AUGAGCAUGGACGGCAUCGUCAACGAGCUCUUCUUCACUGGUCCCGGAGACCCCCGCCACAAGUGCGUCGCCAUUGGCUAUCAUAACACCGUCCCCAUCGUCUACAAGUUUGAGACGGUCGACUUACCGCAAGGCACGAGAACCACGGUAACGUUCAACGAGCAAACGGUCGUCGCAUACUUUGAUUGGGCCGUGUGUAACCACCUUGGUUCGAUAAUUCGAGGCGGAGACAGAACCCCGAUGGCCGACUUCGUUUCUCGAGGCUCUAUUGACACCGCUAGGCAGUUUCAGACAGUCAUGAACGGACGAGAGAUAUUCGAAUGGCGCAGGCUGGGCAACAGGCAGCCCUAUGCGUAUGAGCUCUUCUCCAUCACGCCGGAGACUACUGCGAGAAUUGCGACAUACGACCCAACGCCAAAGGAUGUUCCCAAAUUGGGGCGUGCCACUGUGCUUGAACAGAUGGAUUGA